UGGUGCUGCACGGUCUCCCGGAGACGUGUAACGGACGGGUGGGCUGCAGCCAUGACCGAGAGGAAAGCUAACGGCGGCGGCGCCUCCGCCUCUUCGUCGGGCACGAACUUACUCUUCUCCUCGUCGGCCACGGAGUUCAGCUUCAACGUGCCCUUCAUCCCAGUCACCCAAGCCGCCGCCGCCUCGGCCUCCUUGCUCUUGCACGGAGAGGAUUCCACAGAUGUUGGCGAGGAGGACAGCUUCCUCGGGCAGACUAGUGCUCCCACAUCUACCCCACAGACACUCAGGUACUUCUCUCAGGUAUCAAGCAGUAGUGAUCCUUUUGGGAAUAUUGGACAAUCACCGUUAACGACUGCAGCAACGGCGGCUGGACAGUCCGUGUUCUCCAAGCCCCCGACGGCUCUGCCUUUCACCACGGGAUCCCAGGACACACUGAAUGCGUUUUCACCGUCCAUCUCAAAGGCUCAGUAUGGUGCUUCAUCUUCACAGAUGGGAAUAAGUACUUACCUGCCUUCUCAACCGAGUGGUUUCCCUCCUUCAAGUUUUGGAAGCCCACCCCAAGGCGUACCCCAGCAAGGAUACAAUCCAUAUCGCCACACCCCUGUGAGCAGCAGAGCUAAUCCCUACAUCGCGCCUCCGCAGCUGCAGCAGUGCCAAACGCCAGGCCACCCCGCCCACCCUCCGCCUUCCGGACCCCCGGUUCAGAUGUACCAGAUGCCUCCAGGAUCUGUAGCACCGGUUCCUCCUCCAGUGCAGUCGGGGUUGCCGCCCCCAGCCCAGCAGCAGGCACUGGCCAGGCCAGCGGGUCCCUCUGUGCAGGCGCCGCCUCCUUUUCUGCUUCAAAACCAGUAUGAGCCUGUUCAGCCCCACUGGUUUUACUGCAAGGUGGUGGAAUACAAACAACUGUGGAUGCCUUUCAGUGUGUUUGACUCUUUGAAUCUUGAAGAAACCUUUAAUUCAGUCCAGCCAGACCCUGAGAGUGUGGUUCUGGGCACGGAUGGGGGACGCUAUGACGUUCAUCUCUAUGACCGAAUGAGGAAGGCUGUGUACUGGGAAGAGGAUCCCACCGAAGUGAGACGCUGCACUUGGUUUUAUAAAGGGGACACAGAUAGCAGGUUUGUUCCCUAUACAGAGGAGUUCAGUGAAAAACUAGAGGCCGAAUAUAAAAAAGCUGUAACCACGAAUCAGUGGCACCGCAGGUUAGAGUUUCCAGGUGGAGAGACGAUUGUUAUGCACAACCCAAAGGUCAUUGUUCAGUUCCAGCCUUCAUCAAUGCCAGAUGAGUGGGGGACCACACAGGAUGGACAGACACGACCCAGAGUUGUGAAGCGCGGAAUUGAUGACGACCUUGAUGAGAUUCCUGAUGGAGAGAUGCCUCCGGUCGACCAUUUGGUGUUCAUGGUACAUGGCAUCGGGCCAGUGUGUGACUUGCGCUUUAGAAGUAUUAUUGAAUGUGUGGAUGAUUUUAGGGUGGUUUCUCUCAAAUUGCUGCAGACACAUUUCAAGAAAUCUUUAGACGACCGUAAAAUAAGCAGAGUGGAGUUCCUUCCGGUUCACUGGCAUAGUUCCUUGGGUGGGGAUGCCACAGGUGUUGACAGGAAUAUUAAGAAAAUCACUUUAUCAAGUAUUGGUCGGUUUCGUCACUUUACCAAUGAAACCUUGCUAGAUGUUUUAUUUUACAAUAGCCCCACCUACUGUCAGAGGAUCGUGGGGAAGGUGGGGAUGGAGAUCAACAGGCUGCAUGCCCUCUUCCUGAGCCGGAACCCGAACUUCAGAGGCGGGGUCUCGGUGGCUGGUCACAGUUUAGGCUCUUUAAUAUUGUUUGACAUCCUGUCUAAUCAGAAAGACUUGAAUUUAUCAAAGUCUUCUGGACCCUUUGCUGUUGCCAACGGAGUUGUGAAGCAGUCGCAUUUCCAGGAGAAGCAGAUUCCUGAAGAACCCAAGCUGACUUUGGAUGAGUCAUGUGACCUUGAUGUUGAAAACGAGGAAGUCCUAACCUUACAAGAAGCCCUGGAAGCACUUAGCCUUUCUGAAUAUGCUAGCACUUUCGAAAAGGAAAAGAUUGAUAUGGAAUCUCUGCUUAUGUGUACAGUUGAUGAUCUGAAGGAGAUGGGCAUACCCCUCGGGCCCAGGAAGAAGAUAGCUAACUUUGUGAAACAUAAAGCAGCCAAACUGGAACAGAGAAGAAUAGCGUCAGAAAAGAAAGCAGCGGUGGGCUCUGUGUCCAAAGGACAAGAAGAAAGUGCUCAGAGAGCUCCCGAGAUGGCACCGCUGCCCCCCGAAGCUGAUGCGUCCAGGAGGAAGCUCCCAGUCGGCGCCUACGUCUCCUCCGUGCAUGUUGAUUACGAGUCUUUUGAGGUCGGCACGGGUCAGGUUUCUGUUGUUUACAACUCCCUAGACUUUGAACCAGAGAUUUUCUUUGCCUUGGGAUCCCCGAUUGGUAUGUUUCUCACUGUCCGUGGAGUAGAUAGAAUAGAGGAGAACUACAGGCUUCCUACCUGUAAAGGAUUCUUCAAUAUUUAUCAUCCACUUGAUCCAGUGGCGUACAGAUUAGAACCUAUGAUUGUUCCAGAUUUGGACCUGAAACCAGUUCUCAUUCCACAUCACAAGGGCAGAAAAAGACUUCAUUUAGAGUUGAAAGAAAGUCUCUCUCGAAUGGGAUCUGAUCUGAAGCAGGGUUUUAUAAGCUCUCUGAAAAGUGCUUGGCAGACUUUAAAUGAGUUUGCCCGUGCACAUACCUCUUCAACUCAGUUGCAAGAAGAAUUGGAGAAGGUAGCCCAUCAGAUCAAAGAAGAGGAAGAAAAGCAAGUGGUUGAAGCAGAAAAGAUUGUUGAAAGUCCAGAUUUUUCCAAGGAUGAAGAUUACUUAGGAAAGGUUGGAAUGCUAAAUGGAGGCCGCCGAAUUGACUACGUUCUUCAAGAAAAGCCAAUAGAGAGUUUUAACGAAUAUCUUUUCGCUCUUCAGAGUCAUCUGUGCUAUUGGGAAUCUGAAGAUACUGCCCUGUUACUCCUUAAAGAAAUCUAUCGAACGAUGAAUAUUACUCCAGAACAGCCCCAGCAUUGAUUGAGCUUCAGUCCUCUACGUUCUUGUCUUUACAGAAAGUCCCGGUAUAAUUUGCAUUGCUGAGAAAAUCCUCAGAGGACAGUCCCAGUUUGUUCCUGUGAUGAAUAACAGAAAAGUGAUUCGUUCAUUGCCAGUUACUCAGAUGCAACUCUUAGAUGUAGGGGCUUAUUUAAAAGACAACAUGCAGUACAAAAAGACAAUGAGAAAAGAAGCAUUAGCUCCCUUGGACACUACAGAUGAGAAAGUGUAAUAAUAAAGUGAUAUAAUCAAAAUUUCCUCAGAUCCGUUUAGAUGUUCAGUUUUCAAAGUAAUGUGAUAUCAAUGAAGAAAUAUUUGUAGCAUGCAGUUUUCUGUUUCUUACAAAAACUUUUGUUGGUGGUCUAUGCAACUGACAUUUUUUUUUAUCAAUGUAGUAUGUUCUUUUUAUGCAAGUAUGGACUUCUGAGAAACUGUAGGUAUACGAUUUAAAAAAUUAUGUUCUACUUUCAAUGUGAAUUACAGUUCUGAGCUGCUCGAGUGUGGGAUCUUUUGUUGAGGGGAAGUAGCAAAGAUCACUUACAUUCCAAGCUGAAUGUGAGGUUUUGGCGAUGCCUUCCAGGCUGUUCUGAGAGCACAGUUGUGGGGGUGGUGAGAGGCCCCUGCCUCACAGAAGCCCUCCGAAGCACUCUCCGUCUCUCCAUCGUGGCCGUUCCCACAGGAGAGGGAAACAACGCGAGGUUUUCCACCUUGCAUCCGAGGUAGCUGGUGUGUUUGCCUCCUUGCUAGAAUUCCAACUAAUGUGAGAACCAAAGUAGAGGGUUUUUUUUGUUCUUUUUGCUUUGUUUCUCACUUAUACCAAAGUAUUGAAAGUAUGAAAUGUAUUCCUUCUAGAAUAUAAAUCUCCUUUAUAAAAAGACUGUUCUGUACCAUUUCAGUUUGUUAUACUAUAACUUCAGAUAAUCUAAAUAUUUUCCUAAUACUACUUGAGAAUGUUGAUUUUCAUUCUUUGUUAUCAGUAGAGACACUUUGCACUGUUUACAUAGUUCUCAUGGAACACAGACCUUUUUGAAAGCAACAUAUGAUACACAUUUUUGUGUAUAUGUUCUAAUUAGUAUGAAUAAAACAGUAACAUCAAUGCAUUUUUUAAAGCAGCAAACUUCUGUAUUUCUUGUCUUUUUUAAAAAUGUUCCUGUGAGUUCAGUGUUCAUUGACUCUGGGCCAUGAGCACCUGCUCGUAGCUAACAUGCCUGCAGGCUGCUCCCUGCACAUGGGACGGGCGCGUGUCAGCGCCGCGGCGACUCCACCCAGCACGUGCUGCAGCCCCCUCACUCUGCAGCCCUGGACACGACUCCGCGGCCCCCCCAGGCUCCAGGCUGCGGACAGUCGCUGACGCACCUCCGGCCCUGACGCCCGGCGCCAGUGCCGCUGUUUUUCCUUAACUUCAUGUGACAUCCCUCAGCUGAGGAAAUGAGGAUGAGGGCUGCUUAUGUGUAGUCUAAUAAAAUCCAGUUUGAUUUUUCGGCUUAA